UUGGGCAAGAGAGCAUUGGAAAGCUCUGGAUCAACGAAGUUGUUGCUUCUGUUCCAACCGUUCAUUUAUUUCCAAAGUGGCUCAUUAUCGACAAUGGAACGUCCACCAGCACAGUCAAGGAUGAAGGAGGCUGAAACCAUGCUGUCCUCGUCUACUACUACUUCCACGAGCAACAGCAACAGCAACAGCAGCAACCACGGGAUUCUGGAACUGGCUUCUCAAAACGCAUCGUUGCAAUGGGUCCGACGGGACAGUCUAGAGCAAAUGCGCCAUCAAACGGAAUUCGAAAUUAUCUGCGAGCUGGGCAGUGGAGCUUUUGGAACAACUUUCAAAGUCAGAAAUCGGAUUGACGGGAAAAUAUACGCACUCAAAAGGGUCCAUCUCGGACCAGUCAAAGGCGAAAAAGCAAACAAGUUGGUGCGAGAAGUGGAGGUUCUCUCCAGUCUAAAUCAUGAAAAUGUGGUGCGAUACUACAGCGCAUGGGUCGAAAAGGGAAGUGAUGUUAUGCCCGAUGAGGAAGGUCGCUCUGAUGAGGAUGACACCGAUUCCUACUAUCACAAUCAUUACACUACUUCCGCAAGUAGUGAAGAUUGGAACAACAACACCAACAAUAAUGACAGCUGCAUCACUAAUGUCCAAAAAUGGAAGGAUCCUGUGUGUCACCUAUGCCAAUCCUCGUACACGGACUGGGAAGUGAGCUUUGAAGCGUGGGGAUUGCUAGAUUCCGUCUUGCAGCCAACAUUUCUAUGCACCAUUUGUUACAAGAAAAGUUUGCCAUCACAUGUCGAUGUUGACACCAUUCACAUUCGCAAGAAACAAAUCAUGUCAUUCUACCUCUUUAUACUCAUGGAAUACUGCGAGUCCACCUUGCAGGAGGCCGUUGAUGCUGUCCACAAUCUCACAAAUAAUAAUGGUCCAGACAAGAAUGAUAAAGAAUCAAAAGACAAGCUGCUGUGGGCAUAUUUUGCUCAAUGCGUACAAGGGCUCCAGCACUGUCAUGCCAGAGGAGUGAUUCACCGUGACCUCAAACCUACCAACAUCUUUGUUCACAAAGGAGUGGUCAAGCUUGGCGACUUGGGACUUGCAACGUACUACAACAACGACCAUCUCAACUCAAUUCGGAUGGCAAACAACGCAACCAACAACAGUGGGAGUAACAUCACCACCACAAGGCAAGACACUCCAGAUGAUCGUAACUGCACCCAGCCAAAGCGGGAUGCAUCCGCCGUGACAACCAACCAUGACAAUGACACAGAGCGACUUCCUAAUCUGGGGGCAGCCUCACUGUCAUCUCAAGUCGGGACCUUCUUGUACGCAGCCCCAGAACUGGCAGCUGGCAGGUACAAUGAGAAAUGCGACGUCUUCUCGAUGGGGGUCGUAAUGGUGGAAAUGUGGAGUCAAUUCAAAACUGGCAUGGAGAGAGCACACGUCUUGCUUGGCCUGCACUCAGACAGCAGCAACAAUAAUGUCCUGGGCACGGACUGGACUGAGGAUCACCCCGCACAGUCUCUGCUGGCACAAUCCAUGUUGUCUCCUGAUGCUACAAACCGCCCGUCCUGCACACAUAUCUUGGGGUUUCUCUUGGAGAGGAACCUCUGGCAGCAGAAGAACCCAGUUGUCUUGCAGGAGAUUGUAUCCGAACUUCAGCUCUCCAGGAGGAAGCUAAAGGAAAGCUUAGAGCAAAAAGAAGACACGAUAGCCAGCUUACGUAGGCUCUUGAAUGCGAACAACAUCGCAAAUGAUCACAUACCGUGAUGUCUUUUUCGGUUUGCAACUGCAUUAUAGAUUCGGCGGGGAUAAACUUUGGUUUCUUCCUCGUUUUCCUUUACUUUCAUUCAAGAGCUAUGCAAGCAUGCCAGCAUGGAGUUUCUUCUCUUCAAUCAAUCAAACAAAUCAAAUCAUUUGAAGGAACGGCCGGGCUGUUGUCUGCUGAAUACUAUGCACGCAUUCGUUCGGUCUUUUUGCGUUUGCCAGCUGACCCGAUGGGUCGAUCGGUCGCAAAGUGGUUUAACACAGGAUUGGAGUGGCCAUUGGGAGUUGGGAGUUAAGUUGUCCUUGCAGACCUUAUCGCAGGUAAAUAGUACGAUGUAGCCUCUCACAACCUUCGUUGCCACAAAUAGGGCCAGGACAAAUGCCAGGCCAUGCCGCAAUGCUUUUUGUGGGCUGUGGCAGCUGCUGUGGCCAGGCCAAUGCUUCGGCUCUCGGCUGAUGGAAUAGCUUGGAAUUCAGCCUACCGGAAACCAAGUCUGUGAGUGUGCUGCCACAGCUAACUGCUCCCACGCCAUACCGUAUCAGGCUGGAUGGUUCUAGUCUUCAGUGUUCAACUCCGUACCGGUAUCGGUACCAUCACCAACUCUUGGAGCGUCUCUAGUCUCUAGCCAGUAAUACUGGUGGUAGUCUAGUCUACCGUGCAGGUAACGGUAAGGAAGACAGCUUUGUAACUAAGGUAGAUGUGGUAAUAAUUGUUUUUUACACGAAUAUGCAGAUACCUUUUAUUUACCGGAACUACCCAUCCAAAAUUGUCUGUCGCGAGAGCCUUCUCAUCAGGCCAUGAUAGAAAAUCAUCUCUCAUGAGAGAUGAGAGGCUUUUCAGCCCAAAGCAGGCCAAACAAUGAGCCACUAUGAAG